ACCCAGGGUCUGUGAAUCACUCACACUCGUCGACCAAUCACAAAACAAAGAGAGAUGUCUGUCCAAUCACACUUCAUCCGGGCGACAUCACUUCCCGUUUGGAUCCCCAUGCUUGUUUUGUGCUUUCCGGAGGCCAGCACGUUCUUUCCGUAUCUCGAAUCAUGGCCAAAGAUAAAUCUUUAAAAUCAGUACCAAAUCUUCCCAAAAAAAAAAAGUUGGAGUCAAAUGCAGCCGAGGUUCAUGCAGAAAACACGAUGGAUGCUGAAGUGAAAAAGAAAAGGAAGAAGAUGGAAGUAGAGGAGGCUCCGGUCGAGAUUCCUCCCGAAGCCAUCACAGCAGAUGAUAAAAAACAUAAAAAGGUCAAGAAACGCAAAAAGAUACAAGAGGCAGAGACGCAGACAAAAAAAACUGAGAUUUCAGAUCCACCCACAUGUGAGCUGGAGGGAGAGGAGGACUUGAGUCCUGAGGAGAAGCGGGUCAUGGAGAGGAAGAUGAAGAAGAUCCUGAAAAAGGAGGAGAAGAAGAGGCUUAAAACUGAGGGAGAGACCCAAAAGAAAACAGAAGCAUCUGGACCCACCGCACCUCAGCAGGCCUUAGAUUACCUCACUUGCUGGGCUGAGAAACGUACAGAGUGGAAGUUCCAGAAGACCAGGCAGACAUGGUUACUGCAAAACAUGUUUGACUCUGAAAAGAUUCCAGAUGAGAAUUUCACCGUGCUGCUUCAGUACCUGGAUGGGCUCCGUGGACUGGCGAGGGACACUUCAGUGCAGAAGGCCCUGGUCCUGGUUGAAGAGUCGGGCAAAGCGCCAGAGGAUGUGGCCGUCCAGCAGAGGGCGCACAGAGCCAGAGAAGUUAUCCAGCUGCUCUCCUGACCUGCCACUACUACAGGGAGGCAUGCAUUCACCGGAAAAAAAGACUGAACUAAAGUUUGGAUUUAACCACAAGUGUCGCUCACAUUUUGUAGAAUAUGAAAGUUAAGCCAUUUUAUACUUGUGGUACAAUAGUACUCUGGGAGGACAGCAGUUGAUGUUCCUACGCCAAAUGUUAAGAAAUAAGAAAAUAAGCUUCUUGGGUAAAGACAGAUGAGAAGAGACGUAAACCUGCACAGAUGAAACAACCUGCACAGAUGAAACAACCUCUGGAGUGAAGUCGCAGGAAUGUUUGUAGUCGAGACAUGUUUGUGCGUGUCAAGGCUCAUAGUCAGUGAAGCUGCUGAUUUGAAUAACUUUUCUUACUCAGUCUAGGUAUAAACAUGAUGAGCAUGUUUUGUUUUGACAGAUCCCCUCAGACAAAAAAUAAAUUUAAUCAACAACAGAAGUUCUUAUUGAUGUAUGUGCAUUUGAGAUUUGAACUUAUCUGUUUCAUUUUUGGCAUUUAUGUAAACCCUCUACUUAAAUGAAAUCUUACACAAAGUGUCUGCUUUGAUUAUAAGCUGAUCUAAUUCUACACAGUCUCUAUAUUACCAGGGUGUGAUUGAGUCCAGUAUUCCCAUCGUCUCAGUGCCCAAAGCAGACGUACAGUAGGUACAGGAACAGCUGCCAGUUCUGGCUGCAGGAUCAGGGAGAAGGAAGGUUUCCUGCACUACAAUGGUGUAUGUUUUGAUUCUUAAUUCAGCUUGAAAACUUAUCAUCCGAAGGCAACUAAGUCUCUAUAUGUAAGUAAACGUUGAUGAUCUAAUUGAUCAUUUCCUGACUUAUAAAAUUACACCCAAAUACAGUACAAUUGACUGAAUUAAAAUUUCUCUUACAAAUAAAUGACACCAACUGUUAAGAUUUUUGCCUUUUGGUUUGGCACACAUACACAAGAAAUAUGCCGGUUACAACCAUCCAGUCUAACAUGUCUUCACCUGAAACUUUUUGGGGACUCACUUCUCUUGAUAAAUGUUUGUAAACCUUCUAAAGACUCAAGUGUGUAUACAUAAAACAUUUUGAUUACUUUUUUUUUAUUUCUCAACAUGCUGCAUGCUUACAGAAUUUGAAGCAUAUAACAAGAUUAGUUUUUGUUUGACACCCAUGAGAGAGCCAGCUGAGUGUACGAACCUCUCUUGAAAAAAUUCCGCCACGGUUGAAAACCAUAUACAAGGCAAUUUUUUCAGUGUCACCUAUUUAAAUUAACCUUUAGUUCCGUCACUAGUGACAGGAAUAUUGUCCGGUGAGUGUCUCUGUUGCUCACGUUGACUGACGAAAUACAUCCGGCUGCUUGUAAAUGCCACAAGGUCAAGACCAGCUCAAGGUGAUUUUCACUGCAGAUCGAUAAGGCCAUUGUCUCCUCGUGGGUGUUGAUCCUUCACUGUCACAGUCAUGAUACCUUGAGUUUCAUCUGUGAUGUAUAUAAAAAAGCAAAUGAAAUUACACAACUAUGUAACUACAAA